AUGCUUUGGACCUCGAUUCUCGCCUUUGCGGCGCUUGCCGAUGCGGCUCCCAGCUGGCUGUCCAAGCGACAGGGUGGAACCACCAUGUUGAGGUUCGGAUGUGCUCAGGUGACCAUCGACAGACUUGAUCCUUUGGUCAACCCUGGUCAGAUACCUUCGACCCAUCAGCAUCAGAUUGUUGGAGGCAAUGGCUUCAACGCGUCGAUGACUACAGGAGAUGUCUCCAAGACUGCCUCAUGCACAACCUGUGCCUUCUCCAAGGAUUUGUCAAACUACUGGACGGCGAACAUGUACUUCAAGGCCAAGAAUGGUACAUACAAGCGUGUGAAGCAGUUGGGCGCAGCACAUCAGUUCAAUGACGACUUCAGUACCAAGAUCGAUGGUGGUGUCCUGGUUUACUACGUGUCCGCUUCGCCAGGAAAAAUAACCGCUUUCAAGCCCGGUUUCCGUAUGCUCGUUGGUGACCCAUUGAACCGCAAGAAGGACACCAAGAUGAAGAUGCAAAACUGCUUCCGAUGCUACACCGGACCUAAUUUCGGUGGUGACAACGCCGCUCCCUGUGCCGACGGCAAGCUCGACACCCAGGAGUUGCCCACCGCACCUUGCAAGGGUGGAAUCCGCUCCAACAUCCUGUUCCCUACCUGCUGGGAUGGCACGAAUCUCGACUCUCCAGACCACAAAGCCCAUGUCGCCUACCCGACCAGCGGCCCUGCCAACUUCCUCAGUCUAGGCGGAAGCUGCCCCUCCACACAUCCAGUUCGCAUCCCCCAGCUCAUGUACGAAGUCGUCUGGGACACCACUCCCUUCAACGACAAGAGUCUCUGGCCUACCGACGGCUCCCAGCCCUUCUACCUCAGCUAUGGGGAUAACACUGGUUUAGGACAACACGGUGACUACGUCUUCGGCUGGCAAGACGAUGAGCUCCAGAAGGGCAUGGACGCAACGAACUGCAUGGGCGCUAAAUGCAAGGACCUGAAGAACCAGGCGAUUGACAAUGCCAAGCAGUGCAAGGUUGCUUCCCGAGUCAAUGAGGAGCAUGACGCUUGGCUCACUGAACUUCCUGGCAUGGAGGGCAUGCCGAUGUAA